AUGCCACCAUGCCCCACAUGCCACCAUGCCCCACAUGCCACCAUGCCUCACAUGCCACCAUGCCUCACAUGCCACCAUGCCUCAAAUGCCACCAUGCCUCACAUGCCACCAUGCCUCACAUGCCACUAUGCCUCACAUGCCACCAUGCCCCACAUGCCACCAUGCCCCACAUGCCACCAUGCCCCACAUGCCACCAUGCCCCACAUGCCACCAUGCCUCACAUGCCACCAUGCCUCACAUGCCACCAUGCCCCACAUGCCACCAUGCCCCACAUGCCACCAUGCCCCACAUGCCACCAUGCCUCACAUGCGACCAUGCCCCACAUGCCACCAUGCCUCACAUGCCACCAUGCCUCACAUGCCACCAUGCCUCACAUGCCACCAUGCCUCACAUGCCACCAUGCCCCACAUGCCACCAUGCCCCACAUGCCACCAUGCCCCACAUGCCACCAUGCCCCACAUGCCACCAUGCCUCACAUGCCACCAUGCCUCACAUGCCACCAUGCCUCAAAUGCCACCAUGCCUCACAUGCCACCAUGCCUCACAUGCCACUAUGCCUCACAUGCCACCAUGCCUCACAUGCCACCAUGCCCCACAUGCCACCAUGCCCCACAUGCCACCAUGCCCCACAUGCCACCAUGCCCCACAUGCCACCAUGCCUCACAUGCCACCAUGCCCCACAUGCCACCAUGCCUCACAUGCCACCAUUCCCCACAUGCCACCAUGCCCCACAUGCCACCAUGCCCCACAUGCCACCAUGCCCCACAUGCCACCAUGCCCCACAUGCCACCAUGCAUGCCACCAUGCCCACAUGCCACCAUGCCUCACAUGCCACCAUGCCUCACAUGCCACCAUGCCCCACAUGCCACCAUGCCCCACAUGCCACCAUGCCUCACAUGCCACCAUGCCUCACAUGCCACCAUGCCCCACAUGCCACCAUGCCCCACAUGCCACCAUGCCCCACAUGCCACCAUGCCUCACAUGCGACCAUGCCCCACAUGCCACCAUGCCUCACAUGCCACCAUGCCUCACAUGCCACCAUGCCUCACAUGCCACCAUGCCUCACAUGCCACCAUGCCCCACAUGCCACCAUGCCCCACAUGCCACCAUGCCCCACAUGCCACCAUGCCCCACAUGCCACCAUGCCCCACAUGCCACCAUGCCCCACAUGCCACCAUGCCUCACAUGCCACCAUGCCUCACAUGCCACCAUGCCUCACAUGCCACCAUGCCUCACAUGCCACCAUGCCUCACAUGCCACCAUGCCCCACAUGCCACCAUGCCCCACAUGCCACCAUGCCCCACAUGCCACCAUGCCCCACAUGCCACCAUGCCCCACAUGCCACCAUGCCUCACAUGCCACCAUGCCUCACAUGCCACCAUGCCUCACAUGCCACCAUGCCUCACAUGCCACCAUGCCUCACAUGCCACCAUGCCUCACAUGCCACCAUGCCUCACAUGCCACCAUGCCCCACAUGCCACCAUGCCUCACAUGCCACCAUGCCUCACAUGCCACCAUGCCUCACAUGCCACCAUGCCUCACAUGCCACCAUGCCUCACAUGCCACCAUGCCUCACAUGCCACCAUGCCCCACAUGCCACCAUGCCCCACAUGCCACCAUGCCCCACAUGCCACCAUGCCCCACAUGCCACCAUGCCCCACAUGCCACCAUGCCUCACAUGCCACCAUGCCUCACAUGCCACCAUGCCUCACAUGCCACCAUGCCCCACAUGCCACCAUGCCCCACAUGCCACCAUGCCCCACAUGCCACCAUGCCCUCACAUGCCACCAUGCCUCACAUGCCACCAUGCCUCACAUGCCACCAUGCCUCACAUGCCACCAUGCCCCACAUGCCACCAUGCCCCACAUGCCACCAUGCCCCACAUGCCACCAUGCCUCACAUGCCACCAUGCCUCACAUGCCACCAUGCCUCACAUGCCACCAUGCCUCACAUGCCACCAUGCCCCACAUGCCACCAUGCCUCACAUGCCACCAUGCCUCACAUGCCACCAUGCCUCACAUGCCACCAUGCCUCACAUGCCACCAUGCCUCACAUGCCACCAUGCCUCACAUGCCACCAUGCCCCACAUGCCACCAUGCCCCACAUGCCACCAUGCCCCACAUGCCACCAUGCCUCACAUGCCACCAUGCCUCACAUGCCACCAUGCCUCACAUGCCACCAUGCCUCACAUGCCACCAUGCCUCACAUGCCACCAUGCCUCACAUGCCACCAUGCCCCACAUGCCACCAUGCCCCACAUGCCACCAUGCCCCACAUGCCACCAUGCCUCACAUGCCACCAUGCCUCACAUGCCACCAUGCCUCACAUGCCACCAUGCCCCACAUGCCACCAUGCCCCACAUGCCACCAUGCCCCACAUGCCACCAUGCCUCACAUGCCACCAUGCCUCACAUGCCACCAUGCCUCACAUGCCACCAUGCCUCACAUGCCACCAUGCCCCACAUGCCACCAUGCCUCACAUGCCACCAUGCCUCACAUGCCACCAUGCCUCACAUGCCACCAUGCCUCACAUGCCACCAUGCCUCACAUGCCACCAUGCCCCACAUGCCACCAUGCCUCACAUGCCACCAUGCCUCACAUGCCACCAUGCCCCACAUGCCACCAUGCCUCACAUGCCACCAUGCCUCACAUGCCACCAUGCCUCACAUGCCACCAUGCCUCACAUGCCACCAUGCCUCACAUGCCACCAUGCCUCACAUGCCACCAUGCCCCACAUGCCACCAUGCCCCACAUGCCACCAUGCCCCACAUGCCACCAUGCCCCACAUGCCACCAUGCCUCACAUGCCACCAUGCCUCACAUGCCACCAUGCCUCACAUGCCACCAUGCCUCACAUGCCACCAUGCCCCACAUGCCACCAUGCCCCACAUGCCACCAUGCCCCACAUGCCACCAUGCCUCACAUGCCACCAUGCCUCACAUGCCACCAUGCCUCACAUGCCACCAUGCCCCACAUGCCACCAUGCCCCACAUGCCACCAUGCCCCACAUGCCACCAUGCCUCACAUGCCACCAUGCCUCACAUGCCACCAUGCCUCACAUGCCACCAUGCCUCACAUGCCACCAUGCCUCACAUGCCACCAUGCCUCACAUGCCACCAUGCCUCACAUGCCACCAUGCCUCACAUGCCACCAUGCCUCACAUGCCACCAUGCCUCACAUGCCACCAUGCCUCACAUGCCACCAUGCCCCACAUGCCACCAUGCCCCACAUGCCACCAUGCCCCACAUGCCACCAUGCCUCACAUGCCACCAUGCCUCACAUGCCACCAUGCCUCACAUGCCACCAUGCCUCACAUGCCACCAUGCCUCACAUGCCACCAUGCCCCACAUGCCACCAUGCCCCACAUGCCACCAUGCCCCACAUGCCACCAUGCCCCACAUGCCACCAUGCCUCACAUGCCACCAUGCCUCACAUGCCACCAUGCCUCACAUGCCACCAUGCCCCACAUGCCACCAUGCCCCACAUGCCACCAUGCCCCACAUGCCACCAUGCCCCACAUGCCACCAUGCCUCACAUGCCACCAUGCCUCACAUGCCACCAUGCCUCACAUGCCACCAUGCCCCACAUGCCACCAUGCCCCACAUGCCACCAUGCCUCACAUGCCACCAUGCCUCACAUGCCACCAUGCCUCACAUGCCACCAUGCCCCACAUGCCACCAUGCCUCACAUGCCACCAUGCCUCACAUGCCACCAUGCCUCACAUGCCACCAUGCCUCACAUGCCACCAUGCCUCACAUGCCACCAUGCCUCACAUGCCACCAUGCCCCACAUGCCGCUAUGCCUCACAUGCCACCAUGCCUCACAUGCCACCAUGCCUCACAUGCCACCAUGCCUCACAUGCCACCAUGCCCCACAUGCCACCAUGCCUCACAUGCCACCAUGCCUCACAUGCCACCAUGCCUCACAUGCCACCAUGCCUCACAUGCCACCAUGCCUCACAUGCCACCAUGCCUCACAUGCCACCAUGCCCCACAUGCCACCAUGCCCCACAUGCCACCAUGCCCCACAUGCCACCAUGCCUCACAUGCCACCAUGCCUCACAUGCCACCAUGCCUCACAUGCCACCAUGCCUCACAUGCCACCAUGCCUCACAUGCCACCAUGCCCCACAUGCCACCAUGCCUCACAUGCCACCAUGCCUCACAUGCCACCAUGCCCCACAUGCCACCAUGCCUCACAUGCCACCAUGCCCCACAUGCCACCAUGCCUCACAUGCCACCAUGCCUCACAUGCCACCAUGCCCCACAUGCCACCAUGCCCCACAUGCCACCAUGCCCCACAUGCCACCAUGCCCCACAUGCCACCAUGCCCCACAUGCCACCAUGCCCCACAUGCCACCAUGCCCCACAUGCCACCAUGCCUCACAUGCCACCAUGCCUCACAUGCCACCAUGCCCCACAUGCCACCAUGCCCCACAUGCCACCAUGCCUCACAUGCCACCAUGCCUCACAUGCCACCAUGCCCCACAUGCCACCAUGCCCCACAUGCCACCAUGCCCCACAUGCCACCAUGCCUCACAUGCGACCAUGCCCACAUGCCACCAUGCCUCACAUGCCACCAUGCCUCACAUGCCACCAUGCCUCACAUGCCACCAUGCCUCACAUGCCACCAUGCCCCACAUGCCACCAUGCCCCACAUGCCACCAUGCCCCACAUGCCACCAUGCCCCACAUGCCACCAUGCCCCACAUGCCACCAUGCCUCCACAUGCCACCAUGCCUCACAUGCCACCAUGCCUCACAUGCCACCAUGCCUCACAUGCCACCAUGCCUCACAUGCCACCAUGCCUCACAUGCCACCAUGCCCCACAUGCCACCAUGCCCCACAUGCCACCAUGCCCCACAUGCCACCAUGCCCCACAUGCCACCAUGCCCCACAUGCCACCAUGCCCCACAUGCCACCAUGCCUCACAUGCCACCAUGCCUCACAUGCCACCAUGCCUCACAUGCCACCAUGCCUCACAUGCCACCAUGCCUCACAUGCCACCAUGCCUCACAUGCCACCAUGCCUCACAUGCCACCAUGCCCCACAUGCCACCAUGCCUCACAUGCCACCAUGCCUCACAUGCCACCAUGCCUCACAUGCCACCAUGCCUCACAUGCCACCAUGCCUCACAUGCCACCAUGCCUCACAUGCCACCAUGCCCCACAUGCCACCAUGCCCCACAUGCCACCAUGCCCCACAUGCCACCAUGCCCCACAUGCCACCAUGCCCCACAUGCCACCAUGCCUCACAUGCCACCAUGCCUCACAUGCCACCAUGCCUCACAUGCCACCAUGCCCCACAUGCCACCAUGCCCCACAUGCCACCAUGCCCCACAUGCCACCAUGCCUCACAUGCCACCAUGCCUCACAUGCCACCAUGCCUCACAUGCCACCAUGCCCCACAUGCCACCAUGCCCCACAUGCCACCAUGCCCCACAUGCCACCAUGCCUCACAUGCCACCAUGCCUCACAUGCCACCAUGCCUCACAUGCCACCAUGCCUCACAUGCCACCAUGCCCCACAUGCCACCAUGCCUCACAUGCCACCAUGCCUCACAUGCCACCAUGCCUCACAUGCCACCAUGCCUCACAUGCCACCAUGCCUCACAUGCCACCAUGCCUCACAUGCCACCAUGCCCCACAUGCCACCAUGCCCCACAUGCCACCAUGCCCCACAUGCCACCAUGCCUCACAUGCCACCAUGCCUCACAUGCCACCAUGCCUCACAUGCCACCAUGCCUCACAUGCCACCAUGCCUCACAUGCCACCAUGCCUCACAUGCCACCAUGCCCCACAUGCCACCAUGCCCCACAUGCCACCAUGCCCCACAUGCCACCAUGCCUCACAUGCCACCAUGCCUCACAUGCCACCAUGCCUCACAUGCCACCAUGCCCCACAUGCCACCAUGCCCCACAUGCCACCAUGCCCCACAUGCCACCAUGCCUCACAUGCCACCAUGCCUCACAUGCCACCAUGCCUCACAUGCCACCAUGCCUCACAUGCCACCAUGCCCCACAUGCCACCAUGCCUCACAUGCCACCAUGCCUCACAUGCCACCAUGCCUCACAUGCCACCAUGCCUCACAUGCCACCAUGCCCCACAUGCCACCAUGCCUCACAUGCCACCAUGCCUCACAUGCCACCAUGCCCCACAUGCCACCAUGCCUCACAUGCCACCAUGCCUCACAUGCCACCAUGCCUCACAUGCCACCAUGCCUCACAUGCCACCAUGCCUCACAUGCCACCAUGCCUCACAUGCCACCAUGCCCCACAUGCCACCAUGCCCCACAUGCCACCAUGCCCCACAUGCCACCAUGCCCCACAUGCCACCAUGCCUCACAUGCCACCAUGCCUCACAUGCCACCAUGCCUCACAUGCCACCAUGCCUCACAUGCCACCAUGCCCCACAUGCCACCAUGCCCCACAUGCCACCAUGCCCCACAUGCCACCAUGCCUCACAUGCCACCAUGCCUCACAUGCCACCAUGCCUCACAUGCCACCAUGCCCCACAUGCCACCAUGCCCCACAUGCCACCAUGCCCCACAUGCCACCAUGCCUCACAUGCCACCAUGCCUCACAUGCCACCAUGCCUCACAUGCCACCAUGCCUCACAUGCCACCAUGCCCCACAUGCCACCAUGCCUCACAUGCCACCAUGCCUCACAUGCCACCAUGCCUCACAUGCCACCAUGCCUCACAUGCCACCAUGCCUCACAUGCCACCAUGCCCCACAUGCCACCAUGCCUCACAUGCCACCAUGCCUCACAUGCCACCAUGCCUCAAAUGCCACCAUGCCUCACAUGCCACCAUGCCCCACAUGCCACCAUGCCCCACAUGCCACCAUGCCCCACAUGCCACCAUGCCCCACAUGCCACCAUGCCCCACAUGCCACCAUGCCCCACAUGCCACCAUGCCUCACAUGCCACCAUGCCUCACAUGCCACCAUGCCUCACAUGCCACCAUGCCUCACAUGCCACCAUGCCCCACAUGCCACCAUGCCCCACAUGCCACCAUGCCCCACAUGCCACCAUGCCCCACAUGCCACCAUGCCCCACAUGCCACCAUGCCCCACAUGCCACCAUGCCUCACAUGCCACCAUGCCUCACAUGCCACCAUGCCCCACAUGCCACCAUGCCCCACAUGCCACCAUGCCCCACAUGCCACCAUGCCUCACAUGCGACCAUGCCCCACAUGCCACCAUGCCUCACAUGCCACCAUGCCUCACAUGCCACCAUGCCUCACAUGCCACCAUGCCUCACAUGCCACCAUGCCCCACAUGCCACCAUGCCCACAUGCAUGCCACCAUGCCCCACAUGCCACCAUGCCUCACAUGCCACCAUGCCUCACAUGCCACCAUGCCUCAAAUGCCACCAUGCCUCACAUGCCACCAUGCCUCACAUGCCACUAUGCCUCACAUGCCACCAUGCCCCACAUGCCACCAUGCCUCACAUGCCACCAUGCCCCACAUGCCACCAUGCCUCACAUGCCACCAUGCCUCACAUGCCACCAUGCCUCACAUGCCACCAUGCCUCACAUGCCACCAUGCCCCACAUGCCACCAUGCCUCACAUGCCACCAUGCCUCACAUGCCACCAUGCCUCACAUGCCACCAUGCCUCACAUGCCACCAUGCCUCACAUGCCACCAUGCCUCACAUGCCACCAUGCCCCACAUGCCACCAUGCCCCACAUGCCACCAUGCCCCACAUGCCACCAUGCCCCACAUGCCACCAUGCCCCACAUGCCACCAUGCCUCACAUGCCACCAUGCCUCACAUGCCACCAUGCCUCACAUGCCACCAUGCCUCACAUGCCACCAUGCCCCACAUGCCACCAUGCCCCACAUGCCACCAUGCCCACAUGCCACCAUGCCUCACAUGCCACCAUGCCUCACAUGCCACCAUGCCUCACAUGCCACCAUGCCCCACAUGCCACCAUGCCCCACAUGCCACCAUGCCCCACAUGCCACCAUGCCUCACAUGCCACCAUGCCUCACAUGCCACCAUGCCUCACAUGCCACCAUGCCUCACAUGCCACCAUGCCCCACAUGCCACCAUGCCUCACAUGCCACCAUGCCUCACAUGCCACCAUGCCUCACAUGCCACCAUGCCUCACAUGCCACCAUGCCUCACAUGCCACCAUGCCUCACAUGCCACCAUGCCCCACAUGCCACCAUGCCCCACAUGCCACCAUGCCCCACAUGCCACCAUGCCUCACAUGCCACCAUGCCUCACAUGCCACCAUGCCUCACAUGCCACCAUGCCUCACAUGCCACCAUGCCUCACAUGCCACCAUGCCACAUGCCCACAUGCCACCAUGCCCCACAUGCCACCAUGCCCCACAUGCCACCAUGCCUCACAUGCCACCAUGCCUCACAUGCCACCAUGCCUCACAUGCCACCAUGCCCCACAUGCCACCAUGCCCCACAUGCCACCAUGCCCCACAUGCCACCAUGCCUCACAUGCCACCAUGCCUCACAUGCCACCAUGCCUCACAUGCCACCAUGCCUCACAUGCCACCAUGCCCCACAUGCCACCAUGCCUCACAUGCCACCAUGCCUCACAUGCCACCAUGCCUCACAUGCCACCAUGCCUCACAUGCCACCAUGCCUCACAUGCCACCAUGCCCCACAUGCCACCAUGCCUCACAUGCCACCAUGCCUCACAUGCCACCAUGCCCCACAUGCCACCAUGCCUCACAUGCCACCAUGCCUCACAUGCCACCAUGCCUCACAUGCCACCAUGCCUCACAUGCCACCAUGCCUCACAUGCCACCAUGCCUCACAUGCCACCAUGCCCACAUGCCCCACAUGCCACCAUGCCCCACAUGCCACCAUGCCCCACAUGCCACCAUGCCCCACAUGCCACCAUGCCCCACAUGCCACCAUGCCCCACAUGCCACCAUGCCUCACAUGCCACCAUGCCUCACAUGCCACCAUGCCUCAAAUGCCACCAUGCCUCACAUGCCACCAUGCCCCACAUGCCACCAUGCCCCACAUGCCACCAUGCCCCACAUGCCACCAUGCCCCACAUGCCACCAUGCCCCACAUGCCACCAUGCCCCACAUGCCACCAUGCCUCACAUGCCACCAUGCCUCACAUGCCACCAUGCCUCACAUGCCACCAUGCCUCACAUGCCACCAUGCCCCACAUGCCACCAUGCCUCACAUGCCACCAUGCCUCACAUGCCACCAUGCCUCACAUGCCACCAUGCCCCACAUGCCACCAUGCCCCACAUGCCACCAUGCCCCACAUGCCACCAUGCCCCACAUGCCACCAUGCCUCACAUGCCACCAUGCCUCACAUGCCACCAUGCCUCACAUGCCACCAUGCCUCACAUGCCACCAUGCCCCACAUGCCACCAUGCCUCACAUGCCACCAUGCCUCACAUGCCACCAUGCCUCACAUGCCACCAUGCCUCACAUGCCACCAUGCCCCACAUGCCACCAUGCCUCACAUGCCACCAUGCCUCACAUGCCACCAUGCCUCACAUGCCACCAUGCCUCACAUGCCACCAUGCCUCACAUGCCACCAUGCCUCACAUGCCACCAUGCCCCACAUGCCGCCAUGCCUCACAUGCCACCAUGCCUCACAUGCCACCAUGCCUCACAUGCCACCAUGCCUCACAUGCCACCAUGCCCACAUGCCACCAUGCCUCACAUGCCACCAUGCCUCACAUGCCACCAUGCCUCACAUGCCACCAUGCCUCACAUGCCACCAUGCCUCACAUGCCACCAUGCCUCACAUGCCACCAUGCCCCACAUGCCACCAUGCCCCACAUGCCACCAUGCCCCACAUGCCACCAUGCCUCACAUGCCACCAUGCCUCACAUGCCACCAUGCCUCACAUGCCACCAUGCCUCACAUGCCACCAUGCCUCACAUGCCACCAUGCCCCACAUGCCACCAUGCCUCACAUGCCACCAUGCCUCACAUGCCACCAUGCCCCACAUGCCACCAUGCCUCACAUGCCACCAUGCCCCACAUGCCACCAUGCCUCACAUGCCACCAUGCCUCACAUGCCACCAUGCCCCACAUGCCACCAUGCCCCACAUGCCACCAUGCCCCACAUGCCACCAUGCCCCACAUGCCACCAUGCCCCACAUGCCACCAUGCCCCACAUGCCACCAUGCCCCACAUGCCACCAUGCCUCACAUGCCACCAUGCCUCACAUGCCACCAUGCCCCACAUGCCACCAUGCCCCACAUGCCACCAUGCCUCACAUGCCACCAUGCCUCACAUGCCACCAUGCCCCACAUGCCACCAUGCCCCACAUGCCACCAUGCCCCACAUGCCACCAUGCCUCACAUGCGACCAUGCCCCACAUGCCACCAUGCCUCACAUGCCACCAUGCCUCACAUGCCACCAUGCCUCACAUGCCACCAUGCCUCACAUGCCACCAUGCCCCACAUGCCACCAUGCCCCACAUGCCACCAUGCCCCACAUGCCACCAUGCCCCACAUGCCACCAUGCCCCACAUGCCACCAUGCCCCACAUGCCACCAUGCCUCACAUGCCACCAUGCCUCACAUGCCACCAUGCCUCACAUGCCACCAUGCCUCACAUGCCACCAUGCCUCACAUGCCACCAUGCCCCACAUGCCACCAUGCCCCACAUGCCACCAUGCCCCACAUGCCACCAUGCCCCACAUGCCACCAUGCCCCACAUGCCACCAUGCCCCACAUGCCACCAUGCCUCACAUGCCACCAUGCCUCACAUGCCACCAUGCCUCACAUGCCACCAUGCCUCACAUGCCACCAUGCCUCACAUGCCACCAUGCCUCACAUGCCACCAUGCCUCACCAUGCCCCACAUGCCACCAUGCCUCACAUGCCACCAUGCCUCACAUGCCACCAUGCCUCACAUGCCACCAUGCCUCACAUGCCACCAUGCCUCACAUGCCACCAUGCCUCACAUGCCACCAUGCCCCACAUGCCACCAUGCCCCACAUGCCACCAUGCCCCACAUGCCACCAUGCCCCACAUGCCACCAUGCCCCACAUGCCACCAUGCCUCACAUGCCACCAUGCCUCACAUGCCACCAUGCCUCACAUGCCACCAUGCCCCACAUGCCACCAUGCCCCACAUGCCACCAUGCCCCACAUGCCACCAUGCCUCACAUGCCACCAUGCCUCACAUGCCACCAUGCCUCACAUGCCACCAUGCCCCACAUGCCACCAUGCCCCACAUGCCACCAUGCCCCACAUGCCACCAUGCCUCACAUGCCACCAUGCCUCACAUGCCACCAUGCCUCACAUGCCACCAUGCCUCACAUGCCACCAUGCCCCACAUGCCACCAUGCCUCACAUGCCACCAUGCCUCACAUGCCACCAUGCCUCACAUGCCACCAUGCCUCACAUGCCACCAUGCCUCACAUGCCACCAUGCCUCACAUGCCACCAUGCCCCACAUGCCACCAUGCCCCACAUGCCACCAUGCCCCACAUGCCACCAUGCCUCACAUGCCACCAUGCCUCACAUGCCACCAUGCCUCACAUGCCACCAUGCCUCACAUGCCACCAUGCCUCACAUGCCACCAUGCCUCACAUGCCACCAUGCCCCACAUGCCACCAUGCCCCACAUGCCACCAUGCCCCACAUGCCACCAUGCCUCACAUGCCACCAUGCCUCACAUGCCACCAUGCCUCACAUGCCACCAUGCCCCACAUGCCACCAUGCCCCACAUGCCACCAUGCCCCACAUGCCACCAUGCCUCACAUGCCACCAUGCCUCACAUGCCACCAUGCCUCACAUGCCACCAUGCCUCACAUGCCACCAUGCCCCACAUGCCACCAUGCCUCACAUGCCACCAUGCCUCACAUGCCACCAUGCCUCACAUGCCACCAUGCCUCACAUGCCACCAUGCCUCACAUGCCACCAUGCCCCACAUGCCACCAUGCCUCACAUGCCACCAUGCCUCACAUGCCACCAUGCCCCACAUGCCACCAUGCCUCACAUGCCACCAUGCCUCACAUGCCACCAUGCCUCACAUGCCACCAUGCCUCACAUGCCACCAUGCCUCACAUGCCACCAUGCCUCACAUGCCACCAUGCCCCACAUGCCACCAUGCCCCACAUGCCACCAUGCCCCACAUGCCACCAUGCCCCACAUGCCACCAUGCCUCACAUGCCACCAUGCCUCACAUGCCACCAUGCCUCACAUGCCACCAUGCCUCACAUGCCACCAUGCCCCACAUGCCACCAUGCCCCACAUGCCACCAUGCCCCACAUGCCACCAUGCCUCACAUGCCACCAUGCCUCACAUGCCACCAUGCCUCACAUGCCACCAUGCCCCACAUGCCACCAUGCCCCACAUGCCACCAUGCCCCACAUGCCACCAUGCCUCACAUGCCACCAUGCCUCACAUGCCACCAUGCCUCACAUGCCACCAUGCCUCACAUGCCACCAUGCCCCACAUGCCACCAUGCCUCACAUGCCACCAUGCCUCACAUGCCACCAUGCCUCACAUGCCACCAUGCCUCACAUGCCACCAUGCCUCACAUGCCACCAUGCCUCACAUGCCACCAUGCCCCACAUGCCACCAUGCCCCACAUGCCACCAUGCCCCACAUGCCACCAUGCCUCACAUGCCACCAUGCCUCACAUGCCACCAUGCCUCACAUGCCACCAUGCCUCACAUGCCACCAUGCCUCACAUGCCACCAUGCCUCACAUGCCACCAUGCCCCACAUGCCACCAUGCCCCACAUGCCACCAUGCCCCACAUGCCACCAUGCCUCACAUGCCACCAUGCCUCACAUGCCACCAUGCCUCACAUGCCACCAUGCCUCACAUGCCACCAUGCCCCACAUGCCAUGCCCCACAUGCCACCAUGCCCCACAUGCCACCAUGCCCCACAUGCCACCAUGCCUCACAUGCCACCAUGCCUCACAUGCCACCAUGCCUCACAUGCCACCAUGCCUCACAUGCCACCAUGCCCCACAUGCCACCAUGCCUCACAUGCCACCAUGCCUCACAUGCCACCAUGCCUCACAUGCCACCAUGCCUCACAUGCCACCAUGCCCCACAUGCCACCAUGCCUCACAUGCCACCAUGCCUCACAUGCCACCAUGCCUCACAUGCCACCAUGCCUCACAUGCCACCAUGCCUCACAUGCCACCAUGCCUCACAUGCCACCAUGCCCCACAUGCCGCCAUGCCUCACAUGCCACCAUGCCUCACAUGCCACCAUGCCUCACAUGCCACCAUGCCUCACAUGCCACCAUGCCCCACAUGCCACCAUGCCUCACAUGCCACCAUGCCUCACAUGCCACCAUGCCUCACAUGCCACCAUGCCUCACAUGCCACCAUGCCUCACAUGCCACCAUGCCUCACAUGCCACCAUGCCCCACAUGCCACCAUGCCCCACAUGCCACCAUGCCCCACAUGCCACCAUGCCUCACAUGCCACCAUGCCUCACAUGCCACCAUGCCUCACAUGCCACCAUGCCCCACAUGCCACCAUGCCCCACAUGCCACCAUGCCCCACAUGCCACCAUGCCUCACAUGCCACCAUGCCUCACAUGCCACCAUGCCUCACAUGCCACCAUGCCCCACAUGCCACCAUGCCUCACAUGCCACCAUGCCUCACAUGCCACCAUGCCUCACAUGCCACCAUGCCUCACAUGCCACCAUGCCCCACAUGCCACCAUGCCUCACAUGCCACCAUGCCUCACAUGCCACCAUGCCUCACAUGCCACCAUGCCUCACAUGCCACCAUGCCUCACAUGCCACCAUGCCUCACAUGCCACCAUGCCCCACAUGCCACCAUGCCUCACAUGCCACCAUGCCUCACAUGCCACCAUGCCUCACAUGCCACCAGGCCUCACAUGCCACCAUGCCCCACAUGCCACCAUGCCUCACAUGCCACCAUGCCUCACAUGCCACCAUGCCUCACAUGCCACCAUGCCUCACAUGCCACCAUGCCUCACAUGCCACCAUGCCCCACAUGCCACCAUGCCUCACAUGCCACCAUGCCUCACAUGCCACCAUGCCUCACAUGCCACCAUGCCUCACAUGCCACCAUGCCUCACAUGCCACCAUGCCUCACAUGCCACCAUGCCUCACAUGCCACCAUGCCCCACAUGCCACCAUGCCUCACAUGCCACCAUGCCUCACAUGCCACCAUGCCUCACAUGCCACCAUGCCUCACAUGCCACCAUGCCUCACAUGCCACCAUGCCUCACAUGCCACCAUGCCUCACAUGCCACCAUGCCUCACAUGCCACCAUGCCUCACAUGCCACCAUGCCUCACAUGCCACCAUGCCCACAUGCCACCAUGCCUCACAUGCCACCAUGCCUCACAUGCCACCAUGCCUCACAUGCCACCAUGCCUCACAUGCCACCAUGCCUCACAUGCCACCAUGCCUCACAUGCCACCAUGCCUCACAUGCCACCAUGCCUCACAUGCCACCAUGCCCCACAUGCCUCCAUGCCUCACAUGCCACCAUGCCUCACAUGCCACCAUGCCUCACAUGCCACCAUGCCUCACAUGCCACCAUGCCUCACAUGCCACCAUGCCUCACAUGCCACCAUGCCCCACAUGCCACCAUGCCUCACAUGCCACCAUGCCUCACAUGCCACCAUGCCUCACAUGCCACCAUGCCUCACAUGCCACCAUGCCUCACAUGCCACCAUGCCUCACAUGCCACCAUGCCUCACAUGCCACCAUGCCUCACAUGCCACCAUGCCUCACAUGCCACCAUGCCUCACAUGCCACCAUGCCUCACAUGCCACCAUGCCCACAUGCCACCAUGCCCACAUGCCACCAUGCCUCACAUGCCACCAUGCCUCACAUGCCACCAUGCCUCACAUGCCACCAUGCCUCACAUGCCACCAUGCCUCACAUGCCACCAUGCCUCACAUGCCACCAUGCCUCACAUGCCACCAUGCCUCACAUGCCACCAUGCCUCACAUGCCACCAUGCCUCACAUGCCACCAUGCCUCACCUCCUCUUCUGCUUGCGCUGCCACCAGGUCACCCAGGGGCCAUUUUUAUGGGGAGAGACCGAGGGAGGGAGUGA